AUGGGGAAGUAUGCAGUUCUUUAUGCUCUAGCAAAGCUUAAUGGGCACCAAGGUUACAUUUUGCCAAAGAUGCAUAGUGAGCUAGGAAGAAUAUUUAAAAUGAAAUUGCCUGUUCUUCAUCAGGAAGUUGCUGACCAGAUUAAAUGGAGAAUAUAUAAGCUGAAUGAUUGGAUGUCCCCGGAAUAUACCAACAUCUCUGGACAAUAUGUUAAAUUGUUUGGUGCUCCAUGUUCGUGGACCUUCUAUCAUCACAUAAGAGAAGAGAUUCUACAAGAAUUCACUUUCCAAGACUAUGUUAAGGAAAUGGCAAAUUCAUACCUUGCAAACCUGAAAGGGAAUAGAAAAAAUGUGACCUUUAUCGGAGUUCAUGUUCGCAGAGGGGACUAUAUAAGGGUCAUGGCUGAAGAACGGAAAGGUGUGGUAGCUGAUAAAAACUAUAUACAAAAAGCUAUGGACUAUUUCAGAAUGAAGUAUGAUAGCCCUCUCUUUGUGGUUACCAGUAAUGAGAUGAAUUGGUGUAUACAGAACGUUAAUAACUCUCUGGGAGAUGUACAUUUUGCUGGAGAUGGUAAGGUACAUUCUCCAGCCCAUGAUUUUGCCCUCCUGGCACAUUGUAACCAUACCAUUAUGACCAUAGGGACAUUUGGCUAUUGGGCUGCCUACUUGGUUGGUGGUGAAACCAUCUACCCUUACAAACUUCACUUUGCCAGAUUCUCCUUUUCUUAA